UCUCACAACACUCGCAUUCACAAUCUUGACAACCACUCUGCAUCUCUCUGUUUCCCUUCUUCUCAUGCUUCAACUCUCAUCUCUUCAAUCCACCUCAUUUUCUCCAACACCCAGUUCCCUACCAUGCUCAGACUCCUCAACAAGAGACUCUUCCGCCUCUGCUCCCGCCUCCGGUGGCCGAUUCGUCGCCGGUCAAGGCCCAAGGUUCUCAUCAAGAAGUUGGGGAAAUCAAGUUCCAAACCUCAAAAUCAUCAUCAAAGUGACAAUCAAUCAAACACCAUUAUUGGGUCUUCUCCUGCAACAGUUUAUCCCAACAAUCAUGAUCAACAAUUGAAUGGUCUCAAGUCUAUUCGUCUAGCAACAUUUAAUGCUGCCCUGUUCUCCAUGGCACCAGCAGUUCCCAACAAGCCAAAGAAAAAUCUUGACCAUGAAGAAGAAGAAGAGAAUAUCAAAUUGAGAACCCGGUCAACGAAUGAUCGUCCGAAGAGUAUACUAAAACAAUCUCCCCUGCAUCCAAUGAAUGGCACAGAGAAUCAAAAUCCCACAAAGCAACAGAAGUUUGCAAAAUCAAAGUUGAGGGUGUCAAUCAAUUUACCAGACAAUGAGAUUUCGUUGUUGCGAGGAAAAGCUCCGAUGAGAAGAGCAGCAAGCAGUGUGGGGUUUUCAAGGGAGAGAGGAAACGGGUUUGAUGGUGGUGGAGAUGAUGGGUUUAGGAUUACGAGAACAAUUGUUGAAGUGUUGAGAGAGUUAGAUGCUGAUAUUUUGGCCCUGCAAGAUGUGAAAGCAGAGGAAGAGAAAGCAAUGAAGCCAUUAUCAGAUUUGGCUACCGCUUUGGGGAUGAAUUAUGUGUUUGCAGAGAGUUGGGCUCCUGAGUAUGGCAAUGCUGUGCUCUCUAAGUGGCCGAUUAAGCGAUGGAAGGUCCAGAAAAUCUUUGACGACACCGAUUUCAGGAAUGUCCUUAAGGCCACAAUUGAUGUCCCACAAGUAGGAGAAGUCAAUUUCAACUGCACUCACCUUGAUCAUCUUGAUGAGAACUGGAGAAUGAAGCAAAUCAAUGCAAUCAUCCAAUCCAACGAUGCUCCCCACAUUUUGGCAGGCGGUCUCAAUUCCCUAGAUGAGUCUGAUUAUUCCUCGGAGCGAUGGACUGACAUUGUAAAGUAUUAUGAGGAGAUAGGGAAGCCAACACCAAAAGUUGAAGUGAUGAGGUUCUUGAAGAGCAAAGAAUACACUGACUCUAAGGAAUUUGCAGGGGAAUGUGAACCAGUAGUCAUGAUUGCCAAAGGACAAAGUGUGCAAGGGACAUGUAAGUAUGGGACAAGAGUGGAUUACAUAGUGGCAUCCCCAAACUCACCAUACCAGUUUGUUCCAGGGUCAUACUCAGUGCUUUCUUCAAAAGGGACUUCUGAUCAUCACCUAGUGAAAGUUGAUGUAGUAAAAUUAGUAGCAGACAACAGCAAUGGUGAAGAAAAUGCGACGAGAAAGCGAAAGAAACCGAGACAGAAGAUUAUAAAGAUAGCAAACAACAAGUCCUCUUCAUCAUCAAAGGGUAUAUGGAAAACAAUAAGAUGACAUAGACAGAUUCGUUUUCUGGUUUUUCUUUUUCAACUCUUCUGGUUUAAGUUUCUUAUAAGUUGUAAGUGAGAGCGAAGGAGCAGCUAGUUUUGGACUGCAUUAUACUCUAGGUGAAGACUUAAAGAGGGUGGUGCAAUUUGACAAUUUGUAUAGUAUAUCAGAAUGAAAUGAAACAGUGAGUCAUUCUUGGCA